AAUUUUCUAGGUCAACUUAAUGCUGAUCUACGAAAACUCGCUGUUAAUAUGGUACCAUUUCCACGUCUUCAUUUUUUUAUGCCAGGUUUUGCACCAUUAACAUCACGUGGUUCUCAACAAUAUCGUGCAUUGUCUGUACCUGAACUUACACAACAAGUGUUUGAUGCAAAAAAUAUGAUGGCUGCAUGUGAUCCACGUCAUGGACGAUAUUUAACAGUUGCUGUUAUUUUUCGUGGUCGUAUGUCAAUGAAAGAAGUUGAUGAACAAAUGUUAAAUGUACAAAAUAAAAAUUCAUCUUAUUUUGUUGAAUGGAUUCCAAAUAAUAUCAAAACAGCUGUUUGUGAUAUUCCUCCACGUGGACUUAAAAUGUCUGCAACGUUUAUCGGUAAUAGCACGGCAAUUCAGGAAUUAUUCAAACGUAUUUCGGAACAAUUUACGGCUAUGUUCCGUCGUAAAGCAUUUCUUCAUUGGUACACUGGUGAAGGCAUGGAUGAAAUGGAAUUUACUGAAGCUGAGUCGAAUAUGAAUGAUCUUGUUAGUGAAUAUCAACAAUAUCAAGAUGCCACAGUUGAAGAAGAGGGUGAAGGUGGUGAACAGGACGAGGAAGAACAUGCAUAA